CAAUCGCGUUGAAGGUGGAGGCCAUUGUUCCGUCGUCGCUCGGUUCGGACACUUUUCGUCAUAUUUGGAAGUCAACAGAACAUCACUAUGGUGAAAAUAUUCAUUGGAAACCUAUCGGAGCAUACAACCAAGGAAGAGGUUGAAGCCCUCUUCACUCCGUAUGGCGCAGUAACGGAAUGUGCCAAGUAUAAAAACUUUGCCUUCGUCCACAUGGAGGACCGCAAAGUGGCCAACAAGGCAAUCCGUGAGCUCCAUCUUCACCGACUUAAUGGCCGCCCCAUCAACGUGGAGCCCAGCCGAGGGAAAAAUCAAGCCCCUGUCAAGCUUCACAUUGCUAAUGUGGAAAAAGGCUCUGAAGCUGAGCUAAGAGAGCUCUUUGAGGAGUACGGCAUCGUGACAGAAUGUGCCAUUGUCAAAAACUUUGCUUUCGUGCACAUGGCUAAUUCGGAUGAGGCCAUGGAUGCCAUCAAAGGUCUGGAUGAUUCUGAGUUCCAAGGUCAGCGCAUUCAUGUUCAGCUGUCCAAGAGCAAACCCAGGUGGGGAGGAGAAGAAGAGGAGUAUCCGCCGCCCCCGCCACCAAGAGGAGGAUACUACCCACCAGCACCUCCACCUCAUCGCUACCCACCUGGUGAUAGACCAGAGCCUCCCUAUAGAGGCCGUAUGUCUGCUUACCCUCCGCUUCCUCCUCCACCGCCACCAAGAAGACCAUCGUAUUUGGAUCAUGGCUAUGGCGAGCGGGAUUCCUAUGGCGUGGUGGACUACUAUGAAAAAUUCAGGGCACGUCCAUUUGCAACACCUGGUUAUGAGGAGAGACGGGCGAGCACCAUUCCACCACCUCCACCAGCUAUGGUUCGAGAUCGGCUAACAAUGUCAUCACAUGACCCAUAUGAUCGCCGUCCACUGGCCCCUCCUCCACCAUCUUAUGGGGCAAGAGACAGAAGUCCCAUCCGCCGGCCCCCACCAAUCCCUGCACCACCAAGUGGUAAUGGUUACUCAUACGAGCGCUCCCGUCUUUCUCCGCUGUCCAGGUCUCAGCUGUACCCACCUACCCGGCCCAAGGAUACUUAUUCAGAAAGGAGUAUCCCGCCGCCUCCUCCUCCUCCACGUUAUGCUGGCUAUUAAGUACGGUUUAGAAUAUGACAAGACCGCCGUCUGCUGAUGUACGUGCUGCGCUACGUCCUUCGUCUACAGCGGAUUGCGUUGCGUUCGCCUGCGACUUACUGGAAGAUACUGUUUUGCGGACCGACCCGUUCUUAAACAAAACAAAAUCCCGAAUCCUUGUUUGACGACUUUUUUGAGUUGUUCAUUUUGUUUCUUUGCUUCUUUUAUUGUUGAGAACCCUAAAUGUUUUAAUCAUUAAGUCACGCAGAACUGCUAAAACAGAGCCCACUUACGGCUCAUAAUGAUACUAUUUUUAUUUUUACUAUUCCGAACAAGCAAAGAUAUUCAUAAGAAUUAAGUCACAACUUGCCUGGCGUUAACGCGUGCGAGAAUUAGGGUAAACAAGUACAUGUAAAGAAAAAAAAGUUUAUAUUAUGCUGCGCCAUACUUGGAUCGAUUUAAAAAAAAAAAAAGUGUGGCUUUUGUUCUUUGUGUUAAACCAUUUCGUGCGCCGUGAUAGGCGAGUACAAAAAUGUUCUGUAUGACUUUUAAGUUGCUUUUCAGUUUUAAGAUAUUUUUAAUAAACUAAAAGGCUCCAAAGAAACAUUCUAGCUGUCAUGUCCUUGUCCUCCGAAUCUCUUUCAGGCGUUCUACCCGCUGUCCGAUGGCGUCCCUGUUCUCAAUGCCGCGGGGGAUUUCUUCAAAUUAAAACUGUACUUGUGCCGUCAGAGGGCGCUCCUUUUUCUAAGCGUGGGGGGCGUCACGGUGCAUUUGUUUUCAUGCCAA